GCGAUGGACUUCCUCUCACUAUCGCAGAAGAGUUGGCUGGACUCUGAGCACGAUGACGAUAAGUUCAUCGACUGUGCUGGUCGUAAGGUGGUGGUCAUUGGUGGAGGCGACACUGCUGUUGAUUGUGUUGCCACGGCGAUCCGUCUGGGCGCGGAAAGCGUUCUGCAGUUUUCUAGAAGGCUGUCACGGUGCACGGAAAUACGGGAGAUGAGUAAAUGA